AUGAAUUUGGAUUAUUCCAGACUUGGAGCUCAGGUACACUGUAAGUGUCUAUAGAGUUUAAUAUGCAUACAGCUGUAAGUGAUAAGGUACGUUUCAGAUAAGCAAGCCACAAAUGAAUCUGUUAUAUGCAGAUCUGAGAGUGCUGCAGAAACCGUAACUACUGAAAAGAGCUUACAUGCAACCAUGUGUACUUUGACAUGAGGUGUACAUUGUCAGUGGAAACUGUUCAAGAUGUAGAGUACAUGUACAUGCAAAGAUCUUUGAGCUGAUUUUCUACAAGGUAAAUUAUUUUAACUUACUAUCCACUUUGUAUUACACGAGUUUACUUAUUUACAAAACUGUUGCAGGAGGCAGAUUGCAUUCAACAGCUCAACAAGGCUGAUCCUCUCCAUGUUUCCAGAACUGUCCAUUUGUUUGUAAGUCAUGAAUGUACAAUCCUUUUUGAGUACUGAAUCACAUGAAACAAAAUAUCUGCUUGUUGUUAAAUAGGACUGAUUUUAUACAGUCACUGUAAGUAUCACUCCACCUUUUUGAUACCAUAUGAAAAAUCAUGAAAAGAGAAGAAACUGACCCUACUGAAGGACAAUUGCUCAACAGUAUUAAACACCACUGGCUUUAACUGACGAGGCAAUUCAACCAAUGACCUUGGAUUGAGAAUGGUGAAUACUUUGCCUUUCAUCCAUCAACUUGACAGAGUGGUGCAAACUAGGUUUUUUGCAUGUCAACACUUAGUUGGCAGUAUCAAACAUGCAUAAAAAAUUAUUGUAAUUUACUUGUAUGCAGUUACAGCUUUUCUUGUAAAACACUGCAGUUUUAAUAUAAUGAUUUCCAAUUGGUUCUUUGUUUUACAAUAAUUGUAACAUAGCACUGAUAUAUUUGGUACAUGAGUACAAGAAUGUAUUCUAUGUAGAGGACCACAGUUCACUGACCUUGCAUUUUUGCCAAUUUGACAUAUUUGCUUGUGGAUUUUUAGAAUGUUUUCAGUUUUGAGGGCCAUUACUGCUUGGUUUUUGAGCUGUUGAGACCUCGGCCACUCCAUCAAUACUUUCAGGUUGGUUAAAUUUUAAACAGUUUAAUUUAGUAUUAUCAACUGAGUUGGUAACGUAAAUUGGCCUCUGUUAAGAGUUUCAAAGCUGAUGUUUCAAGCAUUAGCCCUUUGUCAAAGGGAAUGGUGAAGUGCUAACAUUCAAAAUGUCAGCUUUGAAACUCUCAAUGGUGGCUAAUUUAUGUUAUCAAUUCAGUUAAUAAUACCAAAUUACCUUGUCAUACUCUCCCACUGAUACAGUACCACAGUUUGCUUUAGAAAUUUACUGGCUUUAUUGAAUUAUAAACAUGCUGUUAAGGAAUCCAUUGAGCUUUCCCUUUAAAUCAAUUGUUGUACUUUGUAGUUGUAUCUCUACUGAUGUAAGUAAUUUAUAUUUUAAAUCAUCUUCUUUACAGAAAUGUCAGUUUGAUAACGAGGUAAGAGUGAUUAAUGUAUUACCAUCUGUGCAUUGUAUGUUUUCAUUGUUAAAUUGAUUGUCAUCUUUGUUAACAACAUGAUUGAUUUAAUAUACAUAUUUUUGGUAAGAUCAUCAUCUAACCAUGUACAUUCUGUAAUAUCAGUCACUCAACAGUGUUUUCUUGAUUUUGUUUACUAACAGGAUGACAAACUGAAAUUCAUCAGGAAAAUAACUUUUCAAGUGAGCAAACCUUUUUUUUAAUUCUUAUAAAUACUUUUGAUUUAGUAGAAAUGAAGAUGAAACUUGUUAUGCGUCAAAUUUAUUGAAAUCAAAAUAAUAGUUGUUUUUUUUUUAUCUAAUAAAUUGAUGUGGUUAUUUGCUUGUAGCUCUUACAAGCUCUUGGAUUCCUAAGGAGGUAAGAUUAUCAAUAGGUGUUCUUCUUAGACUCUCUAGAAUUACUCAUCUGUACCCACAAGUGGCUUCAUUUUAUUUCAUUGUUAAGGGAAUCUUCUCUUGCCCAUCUUUUGGUGAUGCCACCAUGUUGUUGCAGGUUGGAAGUGGGAUGUUUAUUCUGCAUUUUGGCAAAUAAAAGGGGAUCUUUUUCAAAGGAGAGUGAUCAUUUGAGAGGAGGGACUGAUUUCAGGAUUUUAUGUGCUUUGAUCUCAUUCAACUUUCCAUAUGAAUCCACAGACAGAAUGUCAUCCAUGCUGACUUGAAACCAGAAAACAUUCUUUUUGAAGAAGGUGAAGUGGGGUGUUUGCAACAAAUUGUCAAAAAAUUUGAUUUAACUUAAUGGACUUAAAAAGUCUUCCUUUUUAAAGAUAGUUGUAAUAUUUUGAUCUGGUUAAAUAUAAAUAACAGCUGUACAUAGCAUUUUGUAAGAAAAACAGACCAACAUUUUAUACAGAUUCUGAAGAUACGCAAUAUAGUGGUCAGUGAAAGACUACUUUGAUGAAUACUCAGAGUUCAUAUCAGCUACAAUUAUUUGCCUAACAAAAAACAUCAUGAAUAUACCAUCCCAUUUUUGUUUCUGUCAUCAUGAUGGUGACUGGAUGCCUUGUAUAGGGCCCCAUGUCUUAGUUGCAAACAUUUUGAUGCAUGGGAGCAGUAGGUUUGGAAUUUAUGGACUAAACCUUUUAUGGACGUAAGAUCAGUAGCACAGUACAUAUGAACAAUAGCGUAACAUGCAAGAAAAAUACAAAAUAUUUAUAAAGGAAUCAAAAACCUCUUGAAACUCUUUAUUUAGAGAAUAUAUUACAGUUCUUUCAAUUAUUGCUUUAUUUUGGGACAUUUCGGUUAAUUUCCAGCAAUUUCUCUAUUACCCAUGAUGCAUUGCGACCCCACCCAUUUUCAUUUGCAUGAUCUCUUUCACGUGUACCAGGCUUGUUACAUAGCAAAAAGCUUCUAGAAGCUUCUAGGGUGGUUACAAAGCUGUUGUUUUUCCUUCGAUUGCACGUAGCCGAGUGAAAUGGUGGUCGAAGUGGUCGAGAGUUUUCGAAGUGACGCGCGGCUGUUUUCGCUUUCUUCCCUCAAUGUAACCUGAAACCCUGAACGAAAUGUUUCAAAACGUUUGGGAUUUAGAAAAACGCUUCUUGUUCCCUCAAUUUGUUAUAUUUUCUCGUGAAAAUGAGCAGUUAGCUUCGUUAUGAGAUGAGAAUGACACCGCAGGAAAUUAACAUGUUUGGUCCAACGCCGGCAGUACUGCGGAUGGCUUACAUUUGGCAUUGCAUCCUUUAUUUACGGAAAGACGCGGUAUGUUUCAUAGUGUUUGGGAAUCAAACAUUUGCUUCAUUCUCAAGAUUGAAAUACGCAAAGUCGCCAAAACUUUCAGGACUGGCUCUUUAGAAGAUGAGAAUUCCAUUGUAACAAGUGUUUUACUAUCACGGCAUUCUAUGCCGCCGAGGGGAAUACCUUUCUCCUGAUUUCAUGGACUGAAACAUGGAGCGUGAUGCUUGUACACUUGAACAAAAAGUGCUAUUUUUCCCUAAGGAUAGUCUGUCUUUCAAAUUUGUACAUAUACAUCUGAAAUCUCUGAUUUAUUGUGAUAUUUUAGGUGAUUUUUUCCGUUGAUAUCUUCUGCGAGAAACACAAGAAAUUUUAAGAUAAUGAUAAUUUUGUGUAUGGGAAUGUUACGCGUGACGCCCUAAAUUAUGCAUAUUUUUGGAAAAAUUAAAUUUGUAAAAAAAUGAGAAUUCAAUAAAAAUCCAUGAUAUUAUGCAAAGUUGUAGAGUAUUAUGUCUUUUUUAUUUGUGCCAAGUCUCGGCAUUGUAGCUGGAAAAGUAAGAGAGAUAUUUUUGUUUAUGUUUGCUUCUCUGUGUUUGUGCACGUGAACUGUGCUACUGAUCUAACCUUUUUUACAUUGCUGACAGCCAACCUCCAUUGAGAGAUCUGGUUGUUAAUACACUGUAAUAAAACAACUUUUUGUACACUUAACAAUUUUAGUCACAGACCUGAAGGUGAACAGUGGUGGAUAUUUACCUCACUGCUUCGCAGCUUGGUGAAUAUCCACCACUUUCACUGACACUGACAGAAGGGAAUAAAUUUGUUAGUAUAUACCACAUAGAUACCAAAAAAUUAGUUUAUUUCUUUCAAUAUACCAAAAACUGGUCAGAAAUCAAACUCUUACAAUGUGAUUUUGUCUCACAGGCUGCAUGGAGGUGAAUAGUACUUAGUAUUCACUGAAUGGAACCAGCCAAUCAGCACAUGCAAAAAGCACUAUUUACUUGUUUGGUGUGUACUAAAAUUGUUUAUUAUAUUAACAAACUGUAGGUGACGAAACCAAGAUAAAAGUUGUUGACUUUGGAAAUGCAAUUCACUGGGUUCAUAGAGAGGUACAUGUAAUUUCUAUUAUUUGGUGAUUUUAGUGACUUAAUUUUAAAUGUGUGCAGCUAGAUGCAUCAGAAUUGUUGUACUGCAGACUUUAUGAACCCUUUACACCCUAACAUCAAUAUGCAUAUUCUCUAUACUGCCAUCUAUGCCAUUUUGAUCACCAUGACAAGUGAAAAUAUAUUUGGUGACUUUUGCCAACAUUUUAGUCAUUUUAACAUUUUAGUUAAUUGGUGACUAACAGAUAAGAAAAAAGAAAAAAGAGGCAGCCAAAAAUUUUUAAAUGGCGACCAUUUUAAAUUUGAAGGUUGCCAAAAGGCAACUCUUUGGAAAAAUGAGCUUGGAGCUCUGUCAGCCACCAUUAGUAAUGACAUGAUAAAUGUUCAAAAUAUUUAAUUUAAUUCUUAUUUUCUUCUGUUUAAUUCUGUCAGGUUUCCUUGUAUUAUGAUGAGUUUGAACUACAAACUUUACUUUACAGAGCUCCUGAGGUAAAGUAAAGAUAUUGCUGUUUUCAUGAAUUGGGAGACAAAAUUAAUUUUACAUGUAGGUUACAUGCAUGCAACUCCAGUGUUUUCCUAAUCAAUCCAAGGGAAAUAAAGCGAGAUUAAACUAUUUUAUUUGGACUUGCAUGAACUGAAGUACUCUAUGAAAGAUGAUCAGUAAAGUUCUGCAGUUUUGUGUUUCAUAAAACAACUUAAUGUGGUUGGCCUGUUGCAGAUGGAAAAUUCUGUUCUGUGGUGACUAUCAUCUCAAGCAAUGUAUCAGAAAACAUAUUUAAAUUCACACAAUUAUUUUACCAUGAUUGUAUCUCAGGUGCAAAUAGAUGGGGGAUGUACAUAUUAGGGCCGUUUUUAAGUGGUUGUUGGACACUUGAAUUUUAAAGUUCAGUCUGUGGAAGAAGGUCCCACUAAAUGUUGUUUAAUAAUGCAAUGAGGUACAGUGUCCUCCACUUGAUAAUGUUGAUGGCAGUCAGUUGAAACUGAAAGCACUGUGUCAAUUCUUUCCAGGUGAUGUUUGGUGUUCCCUUUGGCCCUGAGAUUGACAUUUGGUCUUUGGGAUGCAUUGUAGCUGAGGUUGGUUAA